AUGAUUUCAAAUUAUUCAGACAAGAUCGGUGUAGUUCUAGGAAGAAACGUGGUGGCGGUGUCGCCAUCUUCAUCAAUUCACAAUGGUGUACAUCUAAUAAAGUAUGUUUCAAAUUCUCUAGUGACAACAUUGACUGCCUCACCGUUAAAUGUCGACCUAAACAUUUGUCAAAAUAUAACUACAUAUACAUCUCGAACAUUUAUAUUGCGCCUGGAUGCAAUUCCACUGAAUUGUCUUUAUUUGCGGAUGAAUUUACCUCCCUUGCUGCCACCUCCUUCGGAAACUCCUUGUCUAUAGUUACUGGAGAUUUCAAUUCUAGUGAUCACAGCUUCCUUAUUUCACUUGGUCAUGAUAACAUUGUCAACUUCCCGACUCGAAUGGAUAAUAUUCUAGAUCUUGUGUUUACAAAUGACAUAGGAAUAUUUGAAGCUCGGAAAAGAGCCCCACUACUUAAUUCUGAUCACUGCAUCAUAAGAAUAUUGCCCAAAGUAUAUGGAAAGCAGCACAAAAGGGUCUUCUCCUACCUUGGAAAGAAAACACAACACAGAUGUUAUUCACAUGACAACAUACAGAAUCUAAGGACAAUGUUAAAAGACACAAACUGGGACUUGUUUACUGAACAAGCUCUCGAUAACACAAUUAGUAACAUAACACAUUAUCUUAAUUUCUGUCUUGAUGUUUGUUGUCCAAAAGAGACAAUCUUCUUAAAAUUCGACCGCUUCUCCUCUUCUCAACUCAAAAAGCUUCGCCGUGAAAAAGAGAGGUUGUACAAAAUGAAAAAUAAAUCUGGUGUUAAGAGAAUGAACACUUUGAUUAAAGCCGAAUUACAAAGACUAAAUGCUCUCUAUAACCAGAAGUUUCUUUCAUGUAAAUCCUCAUCUAAUAUGUGGAAGCUAUUAAAGGAAAUCACAGGUGGUAAGCAAAUAAUGAAUGAUACUUCUGUUGAUGUUGAUAUGCUUAAUAAAUCCUUCAUAUGUAUCCCUGCAGAUGUUAUGAUUCCCAAAUCUAAUAGUAUAAAUAAUGACUGCUUCUCAUGUUUUAACACGAAUGAUGUCCUUAAGUGUCUUCAAUCUCUCAAACCUACUCAGUCCCUUGGUCCUGAUGGAGUUCCUGCUGUUAUCCUUAAGAAGUGUGCUGACAUCUUAUGUUACCCAUUAACCGACAUUUUCAAUGAAUCUUUUUCCAAAAGUAUUAUUCCUGACUCAUGGAAAAAUAUCAAGGUUGUUCCAGUGCCUAAAUCAACAAGUGGACCUACUGUUAAGUUUCGACCGAUUGCUAUUACCUCACCUUUUUUAAAAGUUAUGGAAAGACUUAUUUUACUUGAUCUUGAACCCUCUUUAAAGCCUUUUAAUGACCCCAACCAGUUUGCUUAUAAACAUAGUAGGUGUACCUUAGAUGCCGCUGUUGUUCUAUAUCAUGAUAUAGUCUCUAGUUUAGAUAGAGGAGCCAAAUAUGUUCGGUGUGCCUUUCUUGAUUACACAUCUGCAUUUGACUCUGUUCCUAGGUCUCUCUUGAUAGGUAAGUUUGCUGCAACACAGAGUGAGAACUGGACAAAUAAGUGGUUGCAUUCCUAUUUUUCUGAUAGGAAGCAGUACACUGUCUACAAUGGAAAGUCCUCCACUACCUCACUUACUUUAGCUGGUGUUCCUCAAGGUGCUGUUCUUUCUCCUUUUCUGUUUUCUUUUUUCUUACAUGACUUGCCCCAUUCUGAUGUAGCCACUUUUGUCAAGUAUGCUGAUGACCUCUCUGUCUCCAUGCCUGUCAACUCUCAGUCAGACUGUUCCAAAUUAAACAACUUUCUCUCGGAAAUUAGUCAGUGGUCCUCUUCAAACGGUCUUAAGCUGAAUCCGUCUAAAUGUCAAGUAGUAAAUUUCACUUUCAGGCGAAAACGUGACCUGCAACAACUAGCUAGCUCACAUGGUCCCACUAUCAUUGACGACAUAGAGGUUGAAACUACAUCUAAUGUCAAGUACCUUGGACUGAGUAUUUCCUCCGAUCUUUCCUGGUCCUCUCACAUCUUGCUAGUCACUAGAAAGGUGUUUCGGUUAACGUUCUACGUUAGGAAGUUAAGGUAGUCUGGUAUAAAGCAGUCUUUGCUUUCUCAGUUUGUCAAUUCUUGUAUUCUAACCAUCCCUCUUUACUGCUCCCCAUUAAUCUUUCCUGGACUACUUAAGAAAGAUUUUGCUUUGCUGCGUAGGGCACUAAAAGCUGUUAGUAGGGGAAGUGGGAUUUCGUUAAACCAACUGGUUAACAC